AGCUAAAAUUCACAUCGAGAACGGCAAGGAGCAAGCAGCCAAGAAGAGAGGUGGUUCCAACGAACAACAUAGAACGAACAAUCGACUGUCGGAAUGGCCUUUGUAGCGCGUCGGAGCAGCGAUGGCUCGGUGGUGGAUCGCCAGCAAGUGUCUGGUCGGAGCACCAUGCGUCCUCUGUCCUUGUCGGACAUUAGUGACGAGGAUUCGGAGUCGGUGUUGGGAUAUACGAACCGCACUUACGGGGCUCCCACGGUGAGAUACGUGGGUCAGGGAGAGGGUGAGACCGACAUCGAUGGCGGGCUAGGGCCCGAAACCAAAGAGGAUCAUAAUGGAGAUGCCAAGCUACCAUUUGAGGACUCUGUGGAGGAUCCUGCCGAUGUCUCGGGCAGUGAAACGGAUUCGAUUCUGAGCUUUUGCCAACAACUGGAGGAGGAGGAAGCUAACGAUGCGAUGCGGAGUAGCAUGAUGAACUUUACAGACGAGGAUGCGGAAGAUGAGCUGGUUCAUGAUGUGGAUGCAGAGAAUGAAGAGGAUCAGAAGAGCAUGGGCAGGGGGGAUGAUGCGACUGUCACGGACACAGAGACCGUGAUGAACUUCGAUCAGGAUGUCCUCAGCCUGAGCUCCUUUGGCAGCUGCACGCCGACGGUGACACAACGUGCGGAGGAUCUUGAAAAUUUGGAUAGUCUCAGCGGAAGGACCUUUUUCAAAGAGGAUGUAAUGGAGGACAAUAUCAGCAGCAAGACCUUCUUCAAGCAGGACAAAUCGGACGCCCUUAGCGGCAGGACAUCCUUCAAGCAGACUGCCUUCAAGGAUAAGAGGCAGCGAUCGCCAGUGGACCUUGAAUCGGAUCAAGGACAGCUUUCCAGCCGCACCUACAACGUAAGCAACAGGGGAAGUACAAGGGGCAGCAACCGGGGCAGCGAUAGAGGCAGCCAUCGCCUCCAUGACGGAUCCUCCCUGUCCACCUGCAGCUGGUCGGACAUGUACGGGGGUGCCCUGCAGCCCUCCGAUGGUCGGAGCAACAUCGUGCCCUCGCUGAGCUUGGCCAGCGCCAACUCGGACACUUCGACCUACUUCAAGAGUCUGGAGGAGAACAGGGAGCGCCAGGGACAGGAGGCCUUCGAGAGCUGGAAGGCGCGGAAGGCGGCCCAGAAGCAGAAGACUCUGCUGGCGGCCAAGAAAGAGCAGGAGAAGCGGGAGGCGGAGGCGGCUCUCCGCCAGAAACUGUCCCAGGAACGCUUCCAGGAGUGGUGUCGCCGCAAGGAGGAGCAGCAGCAAAAGCAACAGAAGCAGCAGCAGCAGAUUCUCCGCAAGAAGACCACGACAUCCAGCCAGUCGAGCUCGGGCAACUCCUCGGCCUCCAGCUUUAUUUCCGGCUAUGGAUCUACAUCCGGUUCGGGCUCGAGCGCAGGUCCUGUGAAGAAGUUGCCGCCGGAGGUAACCACGAAAAGGAUCAAGGAGUGGGAGCGCAUCAAGAUGGAGCAGCAGCAGUGCGAAAGAGAGCGCCUGCGCAGACUGCAGGAUAACAAGCAGAAGCUGGAGGAGGAGCGCAGGAAGCGCUCCCAGGGCGCCUGGAAGAACUGGAUGAAGCAGGUGGACAAGCGGGCCAAGCCGGUGCCCCUCAACCAGGGCUUCGAUACUCUGCGCGGCACCAUCUCCAACAUCUACAUCAAUCCCCACCAGUGGGUGUCCAACAUUGAUCCGCAGGACUCUGGACGCAGUCGUUAGGGCUUAUUGGGCUAGGCCAUUCACAAGUUCUUUGCUCCAUCAACCAUUCAAGAUGAAACUGGUGGACAUCGCUGGGGUUGCUGGGCCUACCAAAUAAUUAUAAACCUACUAUGUAUAUUUGUUUUUCGGAUCGUGGCGGUGGACCCCACGUUGUUCUAUCUUCGCAAGUUGUCCAAUAAACAUUAUCAGCACUUUCA